AUGGUUCUUAAUAAGAAAAAAGGAGCAUCUGCAAUUAGUCGAAAUUCAAAUGCAAGUGAUCAAGAAGAAGCAACUCGGUCUAUUUCAGAAUCAGAAAUAUAUAGAAGUGAACAAAGUUCAGAUAAUGAAGAUGAACCUUUCUCCAAAACAAAUAAAAUAUCGGCCUUAAUUAAAAGAUUAGAAACUUUGGAGAAACUUCAAACAGCUCAUAAUAAGGUUAAGAACAAAAAAAUUGAACUCAUCUCGGAUGAUACUAAUAACGAUGCAUCUAAGAAACAAAAAAAAAAAAAAUCUAAAUCGAAUAAGAAAAAUCACAAGGAUACUUUUAGUUCAGGAACGGAGAGUAAUGACGAGGAUUCUAUUCCAGUGCCAAUUGAAAAACCAAGUGAGACAACGUACAUUAAUAUACCAAAGUAUCUCAAGAUUGACAAGUCUAUAUAUAAUAGUUAUCGGAUAAUAGAAUCACUUCGUCUAAUGAUAAUGGCUAAAUAUGAAAAGAAUGUGCCUGGGUUUCGACAAAUACCUGAGAGCGAAAAAAGUGAAAUUAUUAAAAGAUUCAAAUGCAAAAAUCCAACGUUUCCCCUUACAAUUUGUGACUGGGCUAUUAGACGAAUGAUGCGAGGGAUAAUUAAUAAUAAACGUGAUAUUGAAAAGCGUAAAAUGAAUCAUCAUUCAUCUCAGAAUAGCAAAAAAAUGAAGAAAGACCUUCCUAUCGGAACACGCGAGACCCUUGAAGAGUUUGUAUCAAGCCUUGGAAUUAGUUCUAUCAAUCACAAUCAACCUUUAGAAGUUACCAGAACUUCAAGUUCAGUAAAUAACACAAGAAUGACUACUGAUACUAGUACCUCUCGUGCUCCAUUAGCUACUCUUCAACAGCAAAAUAAUAGCGACAUCCAAGAUAUUAGUUCUACUACUGAAGUAUCAGAAAUACCAAGUAAAAAAUCUCGAACCUCUGGUCGCACACGUAGUCAUACUUCCAGCAUUCAUGCUAGCGCUCAAAAUAACGAUCCUAUUAAUGAAACCUCUGGUCGCACACGUAGUCAUACUUCCAGCAUUCAUGCUAGCACUCAAAAUAACAAUCUCAAUAAUAAAACCUCUGGUCGCACACGUAGUCAUACUUCCAGCAUUUGUGCUAGUGCUCAAAAUAACGAUCCCAUUAAUGAAAUUACUGAUGCC